GACAAGGUCUUCUACGGCUUCCUGAAGCCCUGGCUGGACGGGCUCCUGCAGAGUGCUGGUGACAAGUGGAGCUGCCACCGUGGGAUGCUGAUGCCUGCCUUCCAUUUCAACAUCCUGAAGCCCUAUAUGAAGAUUUUCGAUGAGAGUGUGAACAUCAUGCACGCCAAGUGGCACCUCCUGACCUUGGAGCACAAUGCCUGUCUGGACAUGUUUGAGCACAUGAACCUCAUGACCUUGGAUAGUCUGCAGAAAUGUGUCUUCAGCUUUGACAGCCAAUGUCAGGAGAAGCCCAGUGAAUAUAUUGCCUCUGUCUUGGAGCUCAGUUCCCUUGUGGCAAAAAGAAACCAGCAGAUCCUCCUGCACAUGGACUUCCUGUAUUAUCUCACCCAUGAUGGGCGGCACUUCCACAGGGCCUGCCGCCUGGGGCAUGACUUCGCAGACGCUGUCAUCCAGGAGCAACGCCACACCCUCCCUAGCCAGGGUGUUGAUGACUUCCUCCAAGCCAAAGCCAAGUCCAAGACCUUGGACUUCAUUGAUGUGCUCCUGAUUAGCAAGGAUGAAGAUGGGAAGGAGUUGUCUGAUGAGGACAUAAGAGCGGAGGCUGACACCUUCAUGUUUGAGGGAGAGGAUCCCAGCUAUGACACCAGGACCAGUGGUCUCUCCUGGGUCCAGUACAACCUUGCAAUGCACCCAGAAUACCAGGAGCGCUGCGGGCAGGAGAUGCAAGAGUUUCUGAAGGUCUGCGAGCCUAAAGAGAUAGAAUGGUGA